ACGAUGCAGGAGAUUUUGAAAUGAGGUUUUUAUUGAUAAUGAGUUGCGUGAUUGCGCCAAUCUUAUUAGGUUCGUGUGAUCGUCUUGCCCAGACAAAUGUCAACAAGAUCUUGGAUUCUCAGCCAGAGUACAAGCACAAACCGGAAGGUCCACUCGUUCUCUGCAAGUUUCUGCCAAAAGAAUUUAUAGAGUGUGAUGAUCCUAUCGAUCAUAAGGGUAAUAAAACUGCUAAGGAGGAGGUGCACAUGGGUUGUGUUAAGUUUGGUGGUUCGAGGUACGAAGAUGUUGAAAAAACAAAAGUCUUUUGUACUGUUUUGCCAGAUAUCGAAUGCUAUGGUAAUAGAACAUUUCUCAGAGAGGGUGUUCCUUGUAUAAAGUACAGCGGACACUACUUCACAACUACACUACUAUAUAGUAUAUUGUUGGGCUUCCUCGGCAUGGACCGAUUUUGCCUUGGUCAGACGGGUACAGCAGUGGGUAAACUUUUGACUCUUGGUGGUAUUGGUGUUUGGUGGGUUAUAGAUGUGAUUCUACUGGUUACCAAUUCUCUACAACCAGAGGAUGGUAGUAAUUGGAAUCCUUAUGUCUAGAAUUACAAUGCUUUUUAAUUAAAAAUACAAUUUGAAAACGGCAGUAUCAUAUUGGUUUUUGAAUUCAUUUAAUUAUUUAAAUUUUGUAAUUAAAUG